GGUUCAGCCUCCGACUGCUUUCUUGGUCGCUUGCUGUAACCUUUCCUGCUCCUGCAAGAAAUAAAACUUUGCGUUUUAUUCUUGGGUGAUGUUCUUCGGAGCUGGUGAGUAAAGGACUAGGCUGUGCAGGGGACCUUAAGGUAAAGGUAAAGGGACCCCUGACCAUUAGGUCCAGUCAUGGCUGACUCUGGGGUUGCGUCACUCAUCUCGCUUUACCAGCCGAGGGAGCCAGCAUACAGCUUCCGGGUCAUGUGGCCAGCAGGACUAAGCCGCUUCUGGUGAACCAGAGCAGCCAUGGAAACGCCGUUUACCUUCCCGCCGGAGUGGUACCUAUUUAUCUACUUGCACUUUGAGGUGCUUUCAAACUGCUAGGUCGGCAGGAGCAGGGACCGAGCAAUGGGAGCUCACCCCGUCGUGUCGAUUCGAACUGCUGACCUUCUGAUCGGCAAAUCCUAGGCUCUGUGGUUUAACCCACAGCGCCACCCGUGUCCCUGCAGGGGAUCUUAGGGGAGGCAAAAGGGAACCCGGGGGUCAUCUAGUCCAACCCCUGCGAUGCAUGAAUCACAUCUGGACGGGUCCCUCUUUUGGCCUGACCCAGCUGCUGUCCUCCGUUCUUGCGUCCACGAAGGAAACAGGGAGCUCUCCAACAGGGGGGCGGGAAGCGGGGCGGCCCCAGGAGGGCACACUUUGCCAAGACCCGCUUGCGCUAACUCCUCUGGGGGUGGUCCAGCUUGGAUGCCCCAAGAGGAGACGGGCUGCGAGGCUCAAAGGGAGCGAGGAGAGCCGAGGGGAGCGGGCGGGCAGGACGCCCCCUCUCCGGCCCUUCGUUGCGCCCCAGCGGAACCAGCCCCGAGCCCCCCCCCCCCGCCACCCCCUUGUCGCAACCUCCCAGCCCCGCGGCGCCUUGCUUUGCGGGAAUCCUCCGCCCCCUGGGAGCCGGGCCAGGCGUCAGAUUCGCUUUCGCUUUCGUGCAGUGACGCUCCCCGCCCCACGUCUCCGGGGCGACCUCCGGGGGAAGGGCAAGCGGGGAGGACCCUCAGCCCAGCUGCCGCUCCGAGGUAGGGGCUCCUUCGCGGGCGGGCGGGCAAGCUGCCAGCCAGUCGGGAGUCGCCCCCCAGAUAUGGGGUUCGGGCGGCGGCCUUUGGCGCGGAGACCUUCGGAGGGUUAGGGUCCGCCGGGGUGGGUCGGGGGGCGGUCCUUCUCUCCCUGGAUCCCGGGGAAGGGGAGGUCAUGCUGGGCGCAAGGGCCUCGAUGAGAGCUGGGCAAGGGCGUCCCCGCCGGUGCCAGGAGUCUCCUGGGGACCCAGAAGUCCUGCCCCCUAAUCCCCACUCCCGUUGGAAAGAGCCGCCUUCCCCCCCACUUCUGGCUCGCACCCAUCGCUUCAUGGGCGUUGUAAAAACCGGGGGUCGCCUGUGAGGCUCAACCCACGGAGAGUGGCGCUUUCAACCCCGUGUGUGGGGUUCCCCGUGUUUGUGGCUGUGCGCUCCUGUGCGCGCCUUCCUACCUAGCGCACUUACGGACGUGCGCUUCUUGUACAGAGCCUCGGUUUCCUUACAUCAGGCGCAAGGGCUCCUUCUCCUGCCUCCUGGGAAUACCCCGAUCCGGGGAGCCCCCUCUCACCCCAGCCUCCUAGCGGGAGGAAAGGGGGGAGCCCCAGCAGGGCUCUCCAGAGGUUGCUGGACUGCCGCUCCCUCCCUUGCAGGGAAUUCAAAAGUCCAGCCAUAUCUGGUGUUUGCAGAACUUUUGUCCCGAGAGGACUGGGCAAAGUCAGGGAGGGGGGAGGCUGUCCUUGGCUCCGAGCCACAAUACCGACUCUGCUGUGCCUUAGUGAAUGGUGAUCCGCUCCACUGUCAAACUGCUCUUACUGUCAGAAAGUUCUGCCUGAUGUUUACGCUGCAAUGUCCUUUCUUGUAACUGAAGUCAGGCUUGCUUCAUUUCCCAUGUGGCAGCCCUUGAGAUGUUUGAAGAUAGCUACCAUAUCUCCUCUCAGUCUCCUCUUUUCCAGGCUAAACAUACCCAGGUCCCUCAAUCGCUUCUCAUCAGGCUUGGUUUCUAGACCUUUGAUCAUCUUGGCAGCCCUUCUCUGCAUACCUUCCAGCUUGUCAACAUCCUCCUUAAAUUGUGCUGCCCUGGACUUCUGAUGAUGCAGCCUAGAAUCACAUUCGUCUUUUUUUGCUGCUGCAUCACAGCGUUGACUCAUAUUGAGCUUGUGGUUUACUAAAACCCCUGCAUCCUUUUCACAGUGCUCUCUCUCUCUCUCUCUCUCUCUCUCUCUCUCUCCCUUCAAGGCAACCUCCCUGCAGCAGGGACCACCCCUCCAUGGCUUCCAAGGCCCCGUCCCUCUCCGAAGCCCUCACCAGCGGCUUCCUGACCUGCACCAUCUGCCUGGAGCGCCUCCGCCGCCCCAAGAUCCUGCCCUGCCUGCACAGCUACUGCCAGGAGUGCCUGCGGAAGUUGGCAGGAGGCCGGAAGGAGCUUCAGUGCCCCGAGUGCCGUGAGCGGGUGGCCCUCCCACAGGGGGGCGUGGGUGCUCUCCGGACCAACUUCUUCAUCAACGGCCUGCUGGACCUGGUCCACCCCACAGGGGAGGCAGAGCUCACCUGCAGCCUCUGCCCGCUCAUCGGCCAGGAGGCUGGCCGGCCGGCCGUCUCCCGCUGCCUGGACUGCGCCGACGACAUGUGCCGGGACUGCGCCAGCGGGCACCGCUGCUCCCGCCUCACCCACCUCCACCGCGUGGUGGCCAUGAAGGACUACCUCUCCGGAGAGCACGACGAGGAGAUCCGGAAGCGCCAGGCGCUGCAGUGCAAGGAGCACACCGGCGAGGAGCUGCGCUUCUUCUGCACGCCUUGUGCCGUCGUCCUCUGCCGGGAGUGCCGGCUGGGGGCCCACCUCCAGCACCCUUGCCUGCCCCUGGCUGAGGCGGCCCAGGCCCGCCGGCCGGUCAUCGUGGAGCUCCUGGCCGGGGUGGAGGAGACGGUGCAGGUCAUCCGGGCGGGGAGGGCCAGCCUGGAGAGGGAGGCUGCGCAGCUGCAGGUGCGCGAGGCUAGCAUCCGGGAUGCGGUGGAGCAGGCGUGCUCGCGGGCGGUGCAGCGGCUGCUGGCGCAGCAGGAGGAGGUCCUGGCCCAGCUGGCGGACUACGUGAAGGAGCGGCAGAAGGCCUGCCAGGCCCUCUGCUCCGAUCUGGAGUUCCAAGAGCAGGUGGCCUCCAGCACCGUGGCCUUUGCCCAGAAGGUGCUGGGCCUGGGGAGGGAGGUGGAGAUCGUCUCCCUGGAGCAGGUCAUCUGUGAGCGUCUCAGGCAUCUGCAGGGCUUCUCCUGGGACCCGCUGGCCACCCGCCUGCCCUGCCUGGAGGUCGACGCUGAGAUCGGGGGCAGCGGCCCUUGCCUGUUCCACCUGGAGUUCCGGGAGGAGAGCCCCACUGGAGUGCCGGAGGGCCCCAAGGAGGAGGCCACAAUAGGGGCGAAGAAGAAGACCCACCUGCCCUGCCUGGAGGUCAACGCUGAGAUCCCCACUGGAGUACCGGAGGGCCCCAAGGAGGAGGCCACAAAAGGGGCAAAGAAGAAGAGGAGGAAGCAACAGCAGCAAGUGCCGCCUGCCAAGGAGGGAUCCCAGAAGACUGCGCCUCCUCCCAAGGUCCCGGAAGCCCCCCUUCUGACACCCAAGCCUCUCUUCUCGUGUAGCUUCUGGGUCAAGACCCCCAGCGACAAGAAGCGUCCUCAGGUCACAGGGCUCUGCCCCUUUGGCUCUGGAGAGCUUCUGGUGGCCGAUGAGCAAAACCAGAAGCUGAAGCGCUUCUCCCUGCAAGGGGAGUUCAAGGGCACUGUCCCCAUCCCCAGUGGCGUGGCCCCGGUCAGCGUGGCCACCGUGGGCAGCAAGGUGGCCUUCACAGCCGGCUCCUGCCUCUACCUCCUGAACGGCGAAGGUGACCUGGUGUGGCAGAAGGCCCUGCGAAGGGGGCAGGCCAGCCAUGCCGUGGUGGGGCUGGGGGGAGACCGUAUGGCAGUGUGUGUGGCUGGGCAGUUGGAGGUGUACGACCUGGAGGGGCGGCUGCUGGAGAAGAUUGUGCCCGAGGGAAGCGGGGAGAGAUGCCUCGUCUUCCUGGCCAACCACAAGGACGGCUUUGUGGGCUCGGACUGGUACCGCCGCAGCGUGAUCCUGUUCACCAGGACGGGGCAGCUGGUGGCCGAGUGCUCUGACGAGCAGCUGGGUGAGUGCCAGCCGGGGGCUGUUUGUGCCGAUGCCACGGGCAUCAUCUACGUGGUCUUGAGGGAGCUGAACAAGGUGGUGGCCUUCUCCCCCAGUGGGGAGGAGUUGGGGGCGUUCCUCACUGCCGAGAACAGCAUCGACCGACCGCGGGUGGUCACGGUGGCUAGGGACGGGCGCUUUGCCGUGGCUCUGAGCAACGGCACUGUCCACAUCUUCCGGAUCAGGUAUUAGGGCAAGUGAGACAGAGGAAGGGCAAGGGAGGGGGGUUAAAAGCUGUAUGUCCCAGAGUUAAUGACCCAAGGCAGACUGGUGUGACCAAGGUGAGCAAUGGUGUGUGUAGGAGAGUAAAAGCAACAGUUCCUCCCGCCUGCCCUCCUGUCCGGAUUGGGUCAGCUCCCAGAGUUGUGCUUUACUUACCUGGGAUUGUUGUUCCCAAGGGCGGCCACCAGAGGGCAAUGUGGAAAUGAUAGAACCUGGCAUAGAUCGCCUAACUGCCAAACUUUACCUUCCUUUUGUUCUCCCGUGUAAAUCAGGGCAUUAAAAUGUCCAGAGGAUGUGAGGAAUGAUAAUGCUGCUUUUUUCACCAAAAAUCCAAAAGACUGCAACAGCUAGAUAUCGGCAGGCAGCAGCAGAGACCUGCUUACACUUAGAUUUAGACCAGCUUGCGGUCAGGAUGCUCGUAAAUGGGACGGCUUGUGGCUGGAAUACGGUUUUUUGUAUACUUCAGCAGGUAUAGAACUUGUUUAGUCAGGAUGUGCCUUUGUCUCUUGAGUCAAUGUGUAAAAGCAUAGAAGUAAAGGCAAAGGGACCCCUGACCAUUAGGUCCAGUCGUGGCCGACUCUGGGGUUGCGGCGCUCAUCUCGCUUUAUUGGUGGUUUAACCCACAGCGCCACCCGCGUCCCUAAAAGCAUAGAAAGCAUGGACCAAAUAAGGAGAAAGGUAAACAGGAGGUGUGGUCCUCGAAAUCAGAGUGAUGGGAGAUGUCGACAAAGGCGGGGAUUUUAGUAGGAAAUUAGGCGGUUGUGAUGGGCUGUAAACCUUGCAGUACCCAGCCAGUGGGGAGACAAGGGAGGAACCUGCGCUUCAGGUAUAGGGAAUAUAAGCUUAUGCUUUGUCAAUUUUGGGUGUGCCUGCUUUGGACACCCGCUCUUGCAAGGACAUACUGUAUUCAAUAAACUCUCUGCUUUUUCACCAAUUUUAUUCAGAUUAUGGGGUUAAGGGUCUUAGGAGCCACUUUUAAAAACUUCUGACAGAGGAGGACCCUCUGACAAGAUGGUGGGCAUCAUAACCUUUCCAAAGUGCCUUUUCUGCUCUCAGGAGGAAACUCGGGGCUUGGCCAGGUGUUUUGCAAAAGGGUGGCAGAAUCCAUUACGCAGGAGAGCUCUCGGAUUUGGCCUGCUGGUGUGGCCAGCUUCCAGCUGCUAAAUGGGGCAUAACACAACACAACACAACAGAGUGUGUGUAAUUGGAGCACGAAUCUGAGAGUGUGGAGCACGAUAUUAAGCCUGAACAUUAUAUUCAUUUGCACCCCAAGGAGACCAUCACUGAGUGGGGAUCCCAUCUGUGCCUUCCAGAACAAUCUGACAGAAGAACAUGAUUUGUAACUCUGCUGUGGUCACCAUUCCUCUCUCUUUUUUCUAUAAAUAUCAUUCAAUAAUAAAACAAACGUGUAUAUUUGCAUCUUUGCAAGAGAGGACAAUUGUAUAUAAGCUGAAAUAUAAGAGUCUGGAU